AUGUUCAGUGUCUUCGAUUACUCCCUCUUCUCGCUGUUCUUGCUCCUUUCCGUCGGCGUGGGGGUCUAUCACGCCAUCGCGGCCAAGCGGCGGAAAUUCCAUCAUUCCGCCACGGAGGAGUACCUGAUUGGCGGGAGGAAUUUGCCGAUAUUGCCGGUAUGCUUGUCGCUCCUUACCACAUUCGUCAGUGGGAUUGCGCUGCUGGGGGUGCCAGCCGAGAUUUAUCAGCGAGGUAGGGGGUUCGGUUGCUGGUUAGAGGGCAUUAUUAGGGAUGGGAAUGGGAGCCUCUCUGAUCCUCGGGAAUGGCGCGUUCAUCGUGGUUGGAGUGUUCUUCAUCCCAAUGUUCUACAAGCUGAAGGUAAGCUUUGAUUCGUUCAUAUAUGUAUUAGGUUGGGGAAUAAGUUCGCGGAGUUUUUUUAUUGCUUUGUUUUACAACGAUAGUUUGUUGUUUGGCAAAGUGCGUAUAUGCAUUCGAUAGAGCUCUUUCCCCUCUACAAAACUGUGUUUUUAGUUUUUUUUGAAGAUAUAAUUUUCUGUUAUUUUUUGGGCUUACAAGGGAAGUACCCCAAGUGCGACGCUCAGAUUUUCUUUAAAUUUUGCACACACGUCGUGCAUAGACUAGAUAUCAUUUCCUGAAAGUUUUAGCUCGCGCUUUGCGGGCGCCGCCGAGAUAUCGAACCAUUUAUGCCGCCAAGAGAGCACGCUAAACGCGGAGAGCGGUCAGAGAGAAAAACGCUUUUUGGCCAUAACUUUGGCAGUUUCGUGCGGAAAAAUUUGAUUUUUUGUAGAAACAUUAUCCUUUACGGUACAAAUAGGCAUGAAACUUUUCGAGCCGAAAUUCGGCAAAAAGUCCAAAAUUUUGGCCGACUUUCGAUCUAAAAAUCUCGGUUGUUUCUGCAAAGCGCGAGCUAGGACUCUCGCAUAUAUCUUAGAAAAAAUUAUUCUAAAUUUGUGCCAACUUUCAUCAAAAUCUGAGCGUCGCACUUGGGGUACUUCCCCUGUUAGAAGCGAACCAUCUAGGAGGCAAAAAUUUGCGCUUUCGACACCUGCUUUUUUCGGCGAGCAACACGAGCACACAAACGGCAGUUUUUGUAUCGAAUCAUUACGAUGAUGAAAAGUGGUGUCUGUCCGUCAGUAUGAAGCAGUGUUGAUUGUUUCCUGGAGUGAAUGGCCCCAGGGGACAGUCAAUCAAGUUCCCCACCUAAAAAGGCGAGGAUCUGCAUUUUGGAGGACUGGGAAGGCAUGGUGCAUCGGGAAAUGCUGGAAAAGAACUCCACGGUCAACGAGGAGCUCUAUGCUGCCCAACGACACCUUUGCCAAACAACCAACAAUCCUUGUAAAGCAAAACAGUAAAAAACUCUACGAACUUAGUCCCCCACCUAAUAUAUGGUAUUUUUCCCAACUUUUUCAGUUCGUCAACAUCUACGAGUACUUUGAAUAUCGCUUUGACAGUUUGUGGCUCAAACGCAUCGGAACUUUUAUGUUCAUCUUUAACUGUCUGGUCUAUAUGGCCAUUGUUAUAUACGCACCAGCCAUAGCGCUCUCCGGAGUCGCGGAUCUGCCGCUGGAGCCGUUUAUUUUGGUAUGCUCAAUGCUAUACAAAAAAAAAAAAAAAAAAAAAAAAAUCAAAAUUUUCGUAUUUCAGGUAGUAGGCCUCUGUGGCACAUUGUACACGACAAUCGGCGGUAUAAAAGCGGUGAUUUGGACGGACACUUUGCAAGCUGUCUUUCUCAUCUUUGGCUUGAGCAUGCUGGUUGUGAAAGGCACCAUUGAUGCGGGCAAGUUAUCAAAAAAAGUUUUGCAGUCGUAUGACGUCACUUCUUUCUUAAUUUUGCGGUUUGAGAGCAAAGUCAAAAUUUUGCCAAUAUGGGCACUACUGUGACCAAGUUGAGGUCGCAAAAAUGGCCUCAACCAGGUCGAAUUGUUUGGUCAAAUACUUUUGUAUUCCAGUCAGAGAUUGCCACGGCUCCGGAGCUGGGUCUUGGCUCCGGCACUGAGCGGAUCCGGCUCUCAAGCCCAAAGUCGGAGCCAGGCUUCUCAGCGUUCAGAAAAGUAAAAAUUUCAUGAUCUGUUAAACUAAAUUGCUUGAAAAAUACUGGGAAGGAUGUGUUGCAUACGACUUGGCUGCGAAAACGUUGGCUGUAUGAUCUCUGGCACUAAUAACUUUUCUUUUUGGAAAACGCACGUGAGCCAAGAGCCCUUUUCAAAUUUUGCACGGAAGCCGGAGCUGCAAAUUUGGCCUCGGCUCCGGCUCUGGGAGCUAAGAGCGGGAGCCAGAACCGAAAUUUUGACCAUGGCAAUCUCUGAUUCCAACAAACAGUUAUCCAAAUGUCGACUUUCAGGAGGCAUGGCUAAUGUUAUUCAUCGAGCUGAAGAUACUGGAAGAUUGACCGACUCUAUUCUUAUUUAUGACUUGAAUCCACUUCAGGUGAGCGUAAUUUCUCUUUUUUUUUGUUUCUGAUGAAAAAAUCUCACCAUUUUGCAUCCAGGAAGUAUCAAAAAUGUCGCAAAAUACCUCCCUCUCCAAGUGAAAAACUCAGAUUUCAGAAGCGCGCCCGCUCUUUUUGCGAGGAAGCCCUUCAAAACGGAGUUUUUUUCACUUGGAGAGUGAAGCAUUUUGCCACAUUUUUUGAAACUUCCCGGAUGCAAAAUGGUACUUUUUUUGCCACUGGAUCAGGUCCGUAAUGGUAAAAGGGAAGUGUUUGAGGUGCGACGCUCAGAUUCUUCUGUACGGAGUUUGUUGUAAAUGGGCUCAAAGUGGCUCUUCAAACCGCUGAAAGUUCGCUAUAGCGAGGUUCCAUUAUACGUUGUAAAUGGGCGCAUGGUAUUUUUAAUACGUAACUGGCAAGUGUGUAAACUAGAACUUCUGUAUAACUCUAGUGCAAAACCUCUCUAUAACAAACAACAUUUUCUAGAACCCAUUUUUUGAAGGUACUUUUUUGCCACUGGAUCAGGUCCCCCACUGCAAUAUCUUCUUUAAGGUCGAACCGAUUUUUUCCAAUAAAACAUCCAUUUUUCAGUACAACAAUCUCUUCAUCAUGGCCGUCGGCGGCUCCAUGCACGCAUUGGGGAUGUUCGGCCUGAACCAAAUGUCCCUGCAACGCUUCUGCUCGCUGCCUUCGGUGCGGGACGCGCAGAAAGUGAUGGUGAUCACGAUUCCGGCCCAUCUGCUGGUCGGCUGUAUGAGUAUGUUCCUGGGGAUCCUGACGUUCGCCUACUUCCAUGGCUGCGAUCCGAUCGCGUCGGGCGAGGCGAAAAGCCCCGACCAGUUGGCCAUAUUGUUGGCGGCGCGGGUCUUGGGCUCGAUCCCCGGAAUGCCGGGCCUGUUUCUGAGCACGCUGUUCAGCGCGACUUUGAGCACCGUCUCGAGUGGGCUGAAUUCCAUUGCAGCGGUCGUUUUCGAAGACUGGAUCAAGCCCAACUUGAGGAAGGAGGUAAGGGUUAAAUGUGUGGAAAUGAAAAAAAAUUUCGGGGGCUAAGGUAGUACAAACCCCCAGUCCAGUUCAGACCACCAUGGCCCAGUACAAACCCCCCUCAUCCGAUCUGAAAAAGUGUGUUGUCAGUAAGUUUUUUUUGAGGAUGCUGUUGGAGCUCCGGACAACGGAUCAUGGGGGUUCAGUAAACUAAAAGAAAAACAUUUGUAUUGACCACGAUGGCCUGAAUCUGAACACCAACACGAUGGAGGGAUACUGGGGCUCUAAUUUGCAUUUUUUGUAUUACAUUUUUUCAUCAUGGGGGGUUUGAAACGGGCAAAACAAUGGGGGUUUGAAUUACCUUUCUUGGGGGGCUGAACUCGGAAAGCCCUGAUUUUCGGAUCACUCUUUAUACAGUGCACUACAUACGAUGGCAAAAAACGUACCGUUUUGCAUCCGGGAGGCAUCAAAAAUGUAUCAAAAUACCUCCCUUGUCAAGCGAAGAAGCUAUUUCAAAAGCGCGCCGCUACGUUUUUUGCCACUGGAUCAGGUCCAUCACUGUAAGAGUACAGAAAAUCUUAAACCGGCGCCAAUGUAACACACUUUUCGGAUACCCAAGGGUUCAUGUGAGUCCCAAAAAAUCGAUAUAUCGAUUCUUUAUUUACCCCAAAUUUGAUCAAUAUCUGACCCUUAAACUUCGCGUACUGCCUUAUUAAAAUCGCUCCAUGUUUCAGCAUUCAAAGAGCCCCGAAAGGCUGACCAAACUCAUCGUCCUCCUCAUGGGAGUCAUCUCCACUUGUCUGGCGUUCUGCUGCAAAUUCCUCGGCGGCAUUUUCUACGUCGUGAUUGCGACUCUCGGCGCCACAAGCGGCCCCAUUACGGGGGUAUUUUUGCUCGGCCUUUUCUUCCCCAAGGCCAACAAAUUUGGCGCUUUUGUCGGUUUUUUUGUCUCCUCGAUCACUAUGAUUGCGGUGACGGUCUCAAACAACAUCGAAAAGCCCUAUCGAAACUAUGUGCUGCCAAUGAUCGAUGAGGACAGUGGUUGGGGAAGUUGCGAGAAUGUGACGGAUUACAGUAUCAACGUGAUCCGAGACUUUUACAAGGGGAAAGGAAGAGAGUUUCAUUAUGGGGAUCUGAGCGCGUCAGCGCCGUCAAGAUUGUCAUCGUACGCAUAUUCGCCAACGGGUAAGCUUUCUUUUCAUUUUGGCGAUGCGAUCGGCGUGAUGGCGUUUUGCUCAUUUUGCCGACAGACUGAUAAUGACAAUCCACAUGUCAUCAAAAUCAUUCCAGCGGGUUGAGCCUGAACUCUCCUCCAUUUUGAAAAUUGAAAAAAUGAAGUGUGACAAGUUAUACGAUGGAAUUUUUUUUCAAAUUGAGAAAAAUUUUCAUCGUAUAACAUGUCACACCUUAUUUCUUCAAUUUGAAAAAAAAUUUUCACCGUAUAACAUGUCACACCUUAUUCUCUUCAAUUCGAAAAAAAAUUUCAUCGUAUAACAUGUCACACCUUAUUCUCUUCAAUUCGAAAUAAAAAUUUUCAUCGUAUAACAUGUCACACCCUAUUCUCUUCAAUUUGAAAAAAAAUUUUCAUCGUAUAACAUGUCACACCUUAUUCUCUUCAAUUCGAAAAAAAAUUUCAUCGUAUAACAUGUCACACCUUAUUCUCUUCGAUUUGAAAAAAAAAUUUCAUCGUAUAACAUGUCACGCCUUAUUCUCUUCAACUUGAAAAAAAAAUUUCAUCGUAUAACAUGUCACACUUCAUUUUUUCAAUUUUCAAAAUGAGGGGGAGAGUUCAGAAAAGGGAGAGAGUUCUGUCGCAACAAUUCCUGCGGUUUUGCAAAUGGACUAUCUGUCUUGAAAAAAGUGAGCGCAAUGUCGCUGCGCCGCGUCGCUGAGGUAAAAAGAAAUUUGAUCUUGCUGCGACACAAUUACAGUGGACUUGAUCCAGUGGCAGAAAAGGCGUCAUUUUGCAUCCGGGAAGUAUCAAAAAUACAGCAAAAUACCUCCUUCUCCAAGCGAAAAACUCCGACUUCAAAAACGCGCCCGCUUUUUCUGAGGUAGCCUUUCAAAACGGAGUUUUUUCACUUGGAGAAGGAGGCAUUUUGCCACAUUUUUGAUACUUCUUGAAUGCAAAAUGGUACGUUUUUUGCCACUGUAUCAGGUAAGCUACUGUACGUAAAUUACAUUUCUUUCAGGCACUUUUAUCACACUUAUUAUCGGACUACUCGUGAGUAUGCUAUGGAAGCAAAAACUGAGCCCUCAAAAGCAACAUUUCUCCUAUGCUUGCACACUGAAAGGGCUAGAUAUCCCGUUGGAAAAGGUUGCGCUUCAAGAGCCGGCAGCGUAG